AUGCCUUCUAACGAUGCUAUGAUUGGUCGUGUAUGUACGACCUUCAGCGAUGCCUUUGCGAAGGAUGAGGCGACGGCACGCGAGCAGGGAAAGAAGUAUUGGAUCACCCGCGUGCUGGGCUCCGGCGCCACGGGCACUGUCCUCUGCGGGAAGCGGGUGUCGGACGGGGAGUCCUUCGCAGUGAAGGUGGUGGACAUGGAGGGCAUGUCGGAGGCCGACAAGAACCGUGCCCAGGCAGAGGUCCAUUGUCUGCUGAGCUGCGAUCUCUUUUCCAUUCUUAAGUGUCACGAGGACUUUGCAAAGAAGGAUCCGAAGAAUGAGGAGAAUGUGCUGAUGAUAGCACUCGUACUUGAUUACGCAAAUGCUGGAGAUCUCCGCCAGGAGAUCAAGAGUCGUGCAAAAACUGCGCGUGCUUUUCGUGAACAUGAAGCAGGUCUGUUGUUUAUUCAGUUGCUUCUCGCCCUGCACCAUGUUCACUCACGUCAUAUGAUCCAUCGUGAUAUCAAAACCGCAAAUAUUCUGCUUUGCAGCAAUGGUCUUAUCAAACUUGGUGAUUUUGGUUUCAGCAAGAUGUACUCUGCCACUGUGUCGGAUGAUGUUGGAAAGACCUUCUGUGGCACUCCGUACUAUGUUGCACCAGAGAUCUGGCGACGCAAGCCCUACAGCAAGAAAGCAGACCUGUUUUCCCUUGGAGUGUUACUGUACGAGCUACUGACCUUAAAGCGACCCUUUGAUGGUGAAAAUAUGCAGGAUGUGAUGCAGAAAACUCUAACUGGUAAGUAUGAUCCCCUUCCCUCAACCAUUAGUCCUGAAAUGACAGAAAUUGUAUCGUUGCUUCUUAGUGGGGAUCCACGGGCUCGGCCUUCCAGUAGUAAACUAUUAAAUAUGCCUAUUUGUAAAUUGUUUAUGUCUGGUUUACUUGAAAUUGUACAAACACAACCGUCAUUUAAUGGCCCACUGCGUGAGGUGAUAUCAACGCAGAUUCAAAACGUGAAACAGCUUCUCAGAACGGAGAAACGCGCUAUUGUCAGACAGAUGGAUGACUCGCAAGCUGCUUCUUUUGCGGCGUCUACGACCUUCCUUGAAGGGGCUAAACCACUGGAGGGGGUGGGUGACCUUACGCUGUACGAAGGUAUUGUGAAGAAGCAGAGUGGAGACCUGGCGUGGAAACGACGAUAUCUGUGUAUUCUUGGAGUACUGGAAGACGGGGAAAAGCUCAAUGGUAAUAAGGUGCCCAAAUUUAAGAGUUUGAAUUUGGUUCUUGCUGUGACAAAAGAUUCUAUGCAGCAACAAUGUAUUGCUACUCCUUUUACUGAGCUUGAAGACGUGUUUCCGGUUCCAAGUAAAUACACUGGCUCUGGAGGACAGCACGUAUUUGCAGUGGCUUUUAAAACCGGAAAACGUUUACUGUUUCAAGUUAGAGGUGAACCGGAGCGAGAUGAAUGGAUGGAGAAAAUUCAGCAGGCAUUGGGAAUUGAUGAUUGUGAAUAG